AUGUCUGGAAAGUUCUACUUGUUUGAUAAGACUGGAUCACACUUUGCCGCGAUUGGCAGAGAUAAUAUAUUGAGAGUUUGGAAUGUCCAGAAGAACAUCAUCACCUUCUCAUUCAGCUCCACCAACAAUGAUGUCAAGUUCAACUGUUUGACCUGGUUCUCAAUGAAACAAGUUGCCAAUCCAAAGUUGUUGCUGGCUGCUGGUAUGACUAAUGGUGACAUUAACAUUUAUGAUAUAUUGGAUGGAAAACAGUUAAAGUCAUUGACUGGAUCACAUAGCUGCAGGGUCAAUGAUGUGGUAUUCGCAGGCGAUGCUGGAAACCACCUAUACUCGGCCGAUCAAGAUGGCACGGUCAUUCAGUGGAGCGUCGAGCAGGCACAAAAGAUCACAAGCUUCGCCGUUGAGGAGAACCGUCCAGUGUUCAAGCUGGCGGUCAACGCACAUGCCACCCGUCUGGUGUCGGGCGCGAGUCAGGUGCGCAUCUGGGAGUUGUCGUCACAGCAGCAGAUUGGCAAAAUCAAGUCGUCAAAGGAGCUCAGAUCGCUAGCGUUCAGCGAUGAGACGUCGCGCGACGUGCUGGUCGGCUCAACAGCCGAUCGCUACAUGCGUGUCUAUGAGUUGAGCGACAAGGGACUAAAGAGUGGCGAGGCUUCACACAUGAUCAGGUGCGAUACCAACAUUAGAGGUCUGCACAUGCUGACCCAGCCCACCAAGCUAGAGACAUUCUACUACUUUGCCGCCAUCACUGACGCCAAGGUCAUCGAAGUGUUCAAGGCCACCGCUCAAAAGACAGUCUCCUCGCAGACCAAGUUCAAGUUGCAAGACAAUGUCGAUCUCAUAAGUGUUACAUUCCUCAACUCUGAGGAGUUGGCUCUGGCCCAAGGACCUCUCUCCUCACCAUCACAGAUUAAGUUUGAAAUAAUUAAAUUUAGCCAGAAGGGCGAAUUGUUGGAGACAACAUCAAACAUUGAGUAUCAUUCAAAGGAUCCAAAGUCCAAGGGUGGAGUUGGAAGCACUAGCAAGCAGGUGGUCUCAACAACUGGCGAUGCCGCCCAACUCAAUGUCGAAGAGCAGAUUAUUGGAGUGGACAUGAAGUCCGUUGAUAACAGUGCCAAGAACGCCGGUACAGUUGUCGACAUGAUUACACAGGCGCUCCAAUCAUCCGAUAUCGCACUGCUCAGCAGGGCAUUGCAAGUCAACCAAGUGGUACUCCAGAACACAGUCAAGGCGCUGCCGUCGCCCUAUGCAUUCAGUUUGCUCAAGAGGAUCAUCUCGGACCUUGCCACAGACUACCAGAAAUCCCACUACUUGAUCAGUUGGGUCAACAACAUUAUCAAGGAGCACUCGACAUACUUGCUUACCGUGCCCAACCUGAGAUCACAACUGUCUAUUCUCAACUCGAUCGUGGAGGAUAAGUUCAAGCUGCACGAGUCGCUAACCAAGCUGGUGGCCAAGUGCGAGCUGGUCGAGAGCAAGUCGCAAUCAAAGAAGGUGGUCUCGAUUGACUUUGAGCCGGUGCUGGUGUACCAGGACAACAGCGAGGAUGAGAACGAUGAGAGCGAGGACAGUGACGACAUGGACGACGACGCACUUUUGGAUGAUGUCAGUAUGAGUGAGAGUGACGACCAAGACGACCUUGGAUCAGAUCUCGACGACGAGGAUAUUGCUGAUCUGAUGGAUGGCGACGACAUGUUCUAA